GUCCUGAGUGUUUAAUCCCGGUUCUUGUCGAGCGCCAUGUGACUUUGAUCCUCUUAGUGUGGCUUUCACUGGAGAAGACGACUCAUCCUGCAGAGUAGUGUUUGUUUACAGGAGUGAGCUGUGAACUCAAGGUCCGGCAGACAUGGCGAGCCCUGGGCAGAAAGUGGUGCUGAUCACCGGCUGCUCCUCUGGAAUUGGCCUGAGGAUGGCCGUGAUGCUGGCCAACGAUGAACAGAAGCGCUACCACGUCAUAGCUACGAUGCGAGACCUGAAGCGUAAAGACAAGCUAGUAGAGGCGGCUGGCGACGCCUACGGGAAGACGCUCUCUCUGGCUGUGCUUGACGUAUGCACCGAUGAAUCAGUCAAACAGUGCAUCAACGGCAUCAAAGAUCGCCACAUUGACGUCCUAAUCAACAACGCGGGCAUCGGCCUGGUGGGCCCUCUGGAGAGCAUCCCCAUCGAGGAGAUGAAGAAAGUGUUUGAGACCAACUUCUUUGGCGUGAUAAGGAUGAUAAAGGAGGUGAUGCCUGACAUGAAGAAAAGGAAAGGAGGACACAUCAUUGUGGUCAGCAGCGUCAUGGGACUCCAAGGAGUGGUAUUCAAUGACGUCUACGCAGCUUCCAAGUUUGCUAUGGAGGGUUUCUGUGAGUGUUUGGCGGUGCAGCUGUUGAAGUUUAACGUCACGUUGUCCAUGAUCGAGCCCGGCCCGGUACACACGGAAUUUGAGGCAAAGAUGAUUCAAGACGUUAGGCAAAAAGAAUAUCCUGGAACCGACCCGGACACCGUGCAUUACUUCAAGAACGUCUACCUCCCAUCUUCGGUGGACAUCUUUGAGACGCUGGGACAAAGGCCAGAUGACAUCGCCAGAUGCACCAAGAAGGUGAUUGAAGCCAGCAGUCCUCGUUUCCGUAACUUGACCAACCCCUUGUACACGCCUAUCGUGGCACUGAAAUACGCGGACGAAACUGGAGGCCUGUCGGUCCACGCAUUCUACCACAUGCUCUUCAACCUGGGCCCGCUCAUGCACGUUAGCAUGACCGCCAUGAAGUACCUCACCUGUGGAUGUCUGAGGAGCCGGACUGUUUCGCCAAACUGACAAAUCCUAACAUGGACUGGACUGACAUUGAAUUAACGCCACUUGAUCACAGGUUGUCAAGUCUCUUUUUGUGAUGGAUA